CCGCUUGUGAGGCAAGCGGAGCGCCUCCGGAAGCUUUUCCAUCCGCAGCCGCUUCCGAGGGCGCUCCGGGCUUGGGCGCUGCCGGCGUCGGCAGGGGGCGGCCAUUUUGCCGCCGAGCGGGGCCCUCCUGCUGCCGGGGCCGGGAGGAGGACGGGGGGCUUGUGGUGGCCGCCGCCCCUCGGGAGGAUGUUUUCCUUCUCUACCGUGCAGCCUCAGGCUACUGUUCCUCUGAGUCACCUUAUCAAUGCCUUUCAUUCACCAAAAAGCUCCACUACUACUGCCAGCACAGCAUCCUUACAGCCUGUCCAGAGGGACUCCUCGUCAGAGCAUGAUCCUCAGAACAGUGAGUCUGUAUUUAAUUUAAGAGAUCUGGGAUUGUCUGAUUUGAAACCUAACCAGUUCAGAGAACUCGUGAACAGGCUGCUUCCUGGCUACUAUACAGAAAACAAAGUCUAUUCGCCAUGGCAUACAUCAUACGUCUCUGCUGAGUCCUUCUUUGAAAAUAAACAUGGUUUCGGGGAUGUCUUUAGUGCUUUGCGCUCAUCAUGUUUGUACAGGCGGCAUCCUAAUCCCCUCCAAAAUUUCUCUUCAGACCUUAGGUGUUGGCCAGUUUACAUACAAUCACGGAGCUUUAAGACUUUGCGAUCAAGAGCAAGACGUUUGCAGUCAACAUCUGAACAAUUUGCCGAAACAAAGAACUCACUUCCUUCACUUUUGAAGGGCUUUAUCCUGAGAAAGCGAAGAAUUGAUGUUGAGAACUUGGAUACGCUAAUGAAAACAAAAAACAUCCCAGAGGCACACCAGGAUGCUUUUAAAACUGGUUUUGCAGAGGGCUUUUUGAAAGCACAGGUAUUCCUGCAAAAAACACUUGAUUCCUUAAGAAGAUCACGUUUGCUUUCUUUCUUUCUCUUUGUUCUUUGUUUUUAUCUUGCUAUAUAUUCCUCAUUUUUACCUGGGAAAGGCUCUUUUUCUGAUGCUGUACGCUUUCGAACAUCAAGUAUCUUUGAUGCAGCAGUUGAUCCAAUCCAGCUGAAAAAUGUUACCUUUGAGCAUGUGAAAGGGGUUGAAGAAGCUAAACAAGAAUUGCAGGAAGUUGUAGAAUUCCUGAAAAACCCACAUAAAUUUACCGUACUAGGAGGUAAACUUCCAAAAGGUAUUUUGUUAGUUGGACCACCUGGAACUGGCAAAACUCUUCUUGCCCGAGCUGUAGCUGGUGAAGCUGAUGUUCCAUUUUAUUACGCAUCUGGGUCAGAGUUUGAUGAGAUGUUUGUUGGUGUAGGAGCUAGUCGCAUCCGGAGUCUAUUUAGGGAAGCAAAAGCAAAUGCACCAUGUGUUAUAUUUAUUGAUGAGUUGGACUCCGUUGGUGGGAAGAGAAUUGAGUCUCCGAUGCAUCCAUAUUCAAGACAGACCAUUAAUCAACUUCUUGCUGAAAUGGAUGGGUUUAAACCUAAUGAAGGUGUUGUUAUUAUUGGUGCAACAAACUUCCCUGAAGCAUUAGAUAAUGCUUUAAUACGUCCUGGUCGCUUUGACAUGCAAGUUACUGUUCCCAAGCCUGAUGUAAGAGGUCGUACAGAAAUUCUGAAGUGGUACCUAAAUAAAAUAAAGUAUGAUCAAUCUGUUGAUCCAGAAAUAAUUGCACGAGGCACAGUAGGAUUUUCUGGAGCAGAGCUUGAGAAUCUUGUAAAUCAAGCUGCCUUAAAGGCAGCUGUUGAUGGAAAAGAUAUGGUAACCAUGAAAGAAUUAGAAUUCUCCAAGGACAAAAUUCUAAUGGGGCCUGAACGUAGAAGUGUAGAAAUUGAUGAGAAAAAUAAAACCAUCACUGCUUACCACGAGUCUGGCCAUGCUAUCAUUGCUUAUUAUACUAAGGAUGCAAUGCCAAUCAACAAGGCUACGAUCAUGACACGAGGAACAACACUCGGACAUGUAUCUCUGCUCCCAGAAAAUGACCGAUGGAGUGAAACUAGAUCUCAGUUGCUUGCACAGAUGGAUGUCUGCAUGGGAGGAAGAGUAGCAGAAGAGCUCAUAUUUGGAAGUGAUCACAUCACAACAGGUGCUUCCAGUGAUUUCGACAAUGCUACUAAAAUUGCAAAACUGAUGGUGACUAGAUUUGGAAUGAGUGAGAAGCUUGGUGUUAUGACCUAUACUGACACCGGAAAAGUUAGCCCUGAAACUCAGUCUGCAAUUGAACAGGAAGUAAGAACACUUCUGCGGGACUCAUAUGAGCGAGCAAAGAACAUCUUGAAGAUUCAUGCAAAAGAACACAAGAAUUUAGCAGAAGCUUUACUGAAAUAUGAGACUUUGGAUGCCAAAGAGAUCCAAAUUGUUCUGGAGGGAAAAAAACUAGAAGUAAGAUGAUGACUUGUGUGAUACAGUAACUGAUAAUCUGAAGAAUGUACAUCUAGCAAUGCAGUAGUCUUAAGCAGCAUAGCUUUUUUUUCCCUUCCUGAUGUGUGUAUGGCAUUAGUGACACGGUAAGAUUCUUCUGUCUCUUGUGAGCUUCUGUUACUUAUCUAUUGUGUCUCAUCAGAAUAAGACACAAAAAUAAAACAGGUUCCUCAUCUUCUGCUCCAUCUACUCUUCCCACAAGAAGUUAUUCAGAAAGAUAAAUCUCAGGGUUGAAUUCAGGGUUUUGGUUUCGUCAAUCGUGUUGAAGCUGAGAAGAAAAACGUGCAGAUGUACUGGUGUGUUUUGGCAUAGGUUCCUGGGUCACACCAUAGCAGGUGCGUUUGAAAUGAAACCCCGUAAUAUAAUAGGGAAUGUUUUAUGGGUAGUGACAAAUUGACAAGUAAAUCAGUAGUAUGAAGUCUAAUGCUCGUAAUCUGUUUUGAGGUUAGAGAUCACUUUUAAAGAAAACUUAUUUAAAAAUGUAACAAAAUAUCCGUAUAAGUGAAGCAGCUACAGAGUGCAUCUCUAUUAAAGGGAAUUAUGAGAUUUCCGUGUUAGACUAAAAUAUUAGUGAUUGUCUUCUCAGUGCUCUUGGGGUUAGAAUACACACGUCUGGGAGAGGAAUUUUGAUGCAAAACCAAUAACAGGCUAAACAUGUCUAAACCUCUUUGGACCAUGUUUUGGGCAGAACCAUGGCAGGGAUAAGAGAAAUACCUGUAACCUCUGAUGUGCUGCUGACGAGAUUCUUUAAAAAUUUUUAUUACUGCAGUAGAUGGAUCUGAUUUGAUAACAAUGCUUUUAUACUGCUGGAGAUUCUACAGAAUUAGUUUCUGCUAAUACUAUGUAUGAGCGUUUGAUAAUCCAACAAAGAAUUUCUUCAAAGAGGACAAUAUUGCUCACUAAAAUGUAGUUCAGAAAAUGUUUGAAGCAUGUGUUUCAAAUAACAUUCCCAGUCCUGUUCAAUAGAACUAGGGAAAUAAAACUUCUUUUCCAACCAUUACAAGAAACUUCUGGAAAUCCUAGGCUCAUAAUAAAAACCAGUUUCCAAUCAAGUAGAAGUGAUUGCUAGCAAUUAUAUGGCAGUAUUCUUCUGAUCCCAUGGAACUGGUUUUUAGGAGUAACACAACUUUAUCAUAAUCUUUCUGUACAAUUAGUUGUAGACUCCUGGGAAUAUAAACUUCUGUUGCAGAGAAGGCCUUUAUUAUUACGUUAAUGUUGAAGGUUAACAUAGUUGGAGAUGAAAAUAGUUGGGCCGGUGCCAAUAAGUGUGAAUGGAAAUUGGUAACUACAUUUAAAACUAGAGUUAACAUAUUUUAGAAUUUUCUGGGUGUAAUGCUUGAUUAUAGCCUAGUUUUCCAGUAAGAUCACGUGUUUUUUUUUCUUUCAAAACUAGGAUAACUUUCUAUUUGCUUAUUUUUCCAUUGUCAGCUAGUGUAGUGACAUCCCCGUGCAGCGUGGGAGAACUUCCAAACAUUAUAAAACAGUAUACCAAAUGCCUAGGCUGACUAGUUACAGUUGUACAUGUAUUUUAGAAACAUGCCAAUGGAAACAGAAAUAUACUGCAUAUUUGGCAUCUGUUUUUGGAAUAAUAAAGGUUAAAUUUAAUUAUGA